GAGGGAAUAAUACCACCACAUUCAUGGUGGCGGGGGUGGCCCACAUGGACCCGCCCUCCAAAACAGGAGCAAAUCAGGUUGCAGAUGUGGUUUUUGUCAUAGAAGGAACUGCAAACCUUGGACCAUAUUUCGAAUCAUUGCGGAAGAAUUAUAUACUGCCUGCCAUAGAGUAUUUCAAUGGGGGCCCGCCUGCCGAGACAGACUUCGGAGGAGACUAUGGGGGAACACAGUAUGGCCUGGUGGUUUUUAACACGGUGGACUGUGCUCCUGAGUCCUAUGUGCAGUGCCACGCUCCCACCAGCUCCGCCUUUGAGUUCGUCUCCUGGAUCGACAGCAUUCAGUUCAUGGGAGGAGGGGCGGAGAGUUGUAGUCUCAUUGCCGAAGGGCUCUCUGUGGCCCUGCAGCUUUUUGACGACUUCAAGAAAAUGAGGGAACAGAUUGGUCAGACGCAUAAGGUGUGUGUGUUGCUGUGUAACUCCCCGCCGUACCUGCUGCCUGCCGUGGAGAGUGUCAGUUACACAGGCUGCACUGCAGACACGUUGGUCCAGUUCAUACGAGAUAGAGGGAUCCACUUCUCUGUGGUGGCUCCACGGAAACUUCCGGCACUCCGAGCGCUUUUCGAGAGAGCUUCACCUGUGGGAGGUGCAGCAGAGGCUUCCCACCCUGACUACAGCCAGGACCCCUUUCACAUGGUCCUGAUCCGAGGCAUCGCCCUUCCCGUUGCCCCAGGAGGAGGCUCUGGGACCGUGUCUCUCAAACCAGCCCUGCCCCAGCAGACCAUGGGCGUCAAUCAUCCUCCUUUGGGUCCCGCCCCCCAGCCCACUCCUCCAAUCAGCUCUGCUCAUCCAUACCAGGGACAGGCGGGACCUUCUCUGAAUGCGGCCCAGGCGGCUGCUCAGGCCGCAGUGGAGGCUGCUAAUAAUCAGAAGAAUCGAUUCCCAGGCAUGGGAAACACCGCACCCCAGUUUAGCGGUCAGUCCACCCUUUCAUCUGUGGGCGUCAAACUGGCCCCCACCAGCCAGUCCAACCUGUCCACGGUCAACACGCCGUCACCAUCCAUGUUACCACAGCAACAGGCUCCGCCUACACAGCAGCAGCCACCAGUCCAGGCCCCUGGCCAACCAGCCACCCCCCAACCACCCCCACCCGCCUCUCAGCAACAGCCUCCACCCAGCCAACAGACGCCUCCAUCUUCACAGCCUGGCAUGCCAGGUGUUUCUACUGCUCAAACUACCUCUAAUCCAAUUGGUGCCCAGCCAGGAGUGGGCAAUAAGAUUGUAGCAUGGAGUGGUGUUCUGGAAUGGCAGGAGAAACCGAAAGCUUCGUCCAUGGAUUCUAACACCAAGCUGACCCGGUCCCUGCCCUGCCAGGUACAGGUCAAUCAAGGAGAAAACCUAAACACUGAUCAGUGGCCACAGAAGCUAAUCAUGCAGCUAAUUCCUCAGCAGCUCCUAACGACACUUGGUCCCCUCUUCAGAAACUCUCGCAUGGUGCAGUUUCUCUUCACAAACAAGGAUGUGGAGUCUUUGAAAGGCCUGUACCGAAUUAUGGCCAAUGGAUUUGCUGGCUGUGUGCAUUUCCCACACAGCGCCCCCUGUGAGGUCCGCGUCCUGAUGCUGCUGUACUCCUCUAAAAAGAGAAUCUUUAUGGGCCUCAUUCCCAACGACCAGAGCGGCUUUGUCAAUGGCAUUAGACAGGUCAUCACCAACCACAAACAGGUUCAGCAGCACCGCACGAUGGGCAGUGCAGGCCAAAUGCAGCCAGGACAGGUCCAGCCCAAUCCGAAUUUCAUUAACCGAGCACCUGGACCAAUCCCAGUUACCCAUGGCAAUGUGCAGCAACAGUCUGUGGUGGUGGGCAUACCCUCUGUUAGUCAGGUCCCAAUGCUAGAGGAUCAGCAGAGACAGAGCAGCAUGCUGACAAUAAGAACAGCGGCAGCAGCCAGUCAGCAGCCACCUGCCACAGGUGCCCCACCCAAUCAGGUAGCACAAGGCCAAGCCCAACUCCAGGGCAACACGCUCCGCCUUCCUAAUCCAGGGGCCAAUCCGCAGCUGCGCAGCCUCCUCCUCCAACAGCAGCCGCCAGGUGGGGUGUCUCACAUGCAGAACAUGCUGCCCAUGCAGGGUAUGGGACAGCAGAUGGUCCACCCCACACCAGGAGGGGGCGCUCAAAUGCAGGCUCAGUGGAGACAGCCUAUGGCAGGUCAGAUGCUGAUGCAGGCAGGCCCCAGAGGGACUGGGGCGCAGAAUCCCAGCAUGCCACAAGUGUCCAGCGUCAUGGAGGAUGAGAUUCUUAUGGACCUUAUUUGAAGACUACACCUCCCAGCAGUCUUUGCUUCUAAGUUUGUCAUGAGUCCACACAGGGAGCUUGUCCUUUAAUUCAACACCCUGUUCUUUUUAUUAGUUCUGUUGCAGGGAGGCACAGCCACAGGAUGUGCGACACACACAAGCACGUGCGCGCGCACACAC